AGGUGCACCAGUGCUCAGUAAUUACUGAAAAUCAGAUCCUCCUCGGGCCUAAUUCGGGGAUCCAAAUUCACUAGCCACUUUUGAAACCUUGCCCGUUGACUUUAAGAGGAGCAGAAUCUGGCCUUAAUUUGGUACACCUGAGAAAAACCACUGGAGGCUAAGCAGAAAAGAAGACCCUCACUGUUGUCUCUGAUGGGAGAAAGAACAGGAGUACUUGUGGCACCUUAAAGACUAACAAAUUCUGAUGGGAGAGAAUCCCGAUUGGUUUGUCACUACCAUUGUUACAGGGAGCAGGGCUAGCCCCGGUCUGGGAAAGGGAGGACUCGUAAGAAUUUAGGAGUCAUGGGCCUUGUUUGUUUAAUAAAAAGCAAAGAAAGGAGGAUCCUUGAGAUCUUUUGUUUGCUGCUGGGCGCUUCUUUGAGACAAUUUUGAUUGUAAUGUUUAUUGUGGGGCCAGAGUGGCGGGCUCUUCCUUGCGCUCCAGGUGUUCGUGUGUUUGGAAGAAGCGAGAAGCAAAGUUAAUGAGGUUGCUGUGCUCCAAGAAGGAACCACAUCUAAAGUGAAGGAAAUACAUUGUUCAGAAAAUUGGGAAGAUCCCCUUUUAAGAGUUGACUUCCUUCUGAAAGUGGGUGGCUGUGGAAAAAUGAAGCUGAGUCUUGCAAUAUUUCUGUCGUUCAUUUUACAGACUGGGAUUUGCUCCGGAAUAAAAUGGCUAGCUUUGUCCAAGACUCCCCCCGUCCUUGCUCUGAAUCAGACCCAGCACUGCAAGCAGCUAGAAGGCCUGGUCGUGUCCCAAGUGCAGCUGUGUCGCAGCAACCUGGAGCUCAUGCAAACCAUCAUCCAGGCCGCCCGGGAAGUGAUAAAGACGUGCCGUAGAACUUUUGCCGACAUGCGGUGGAACUGCUCCUCCAUUGAGCUGGCACCCAACUACCUGCUGGAUUUGGAGAGAGGUACAAGGGAGUCAGCAUUUGUGUAUGCCCUCUCUGCCGCAGCCAUCAGCCACACCAUCGCCAGGGCCUGCACCACCGGGGACCUCCCUGGCUGCUCCUGCGGUCCCAUCCCAGGUGAGACACCUGGACCUGGGUAUCGAUGGGGAGGAUGUGCUGACAACCUCAACUAUGGUCUUGUCAUGGGGUCCAAAUUUUCAGAUGCUCCCAUGAAGAUGAAAAAAUCAGGAUCACAAGCCCAUAAGCUGAUGCAUCUGCACAACAGUGAAGUAGGGAGACAGGCCCUGAAAGCCUCUCUUGAAAUGAAAUGUAAGUGUCAUGGAGUUUCUGGUUCCUGUUCUAUCAAGACCUGCUGGAAGGGUCUUCAGGAACUGAGAGACAUCGCACAGGACCUCAAAAACAAAUACUUGUCAGCCACAAAGGUGGUACACCGACCCAUGGGCACACGCAAGCAAUUAGUACCAAAGGAUAUUGACAUCAGGCCAGUUAAAGAGACAGAGCUGAUUUACCUGCAAAGCUCGCCUGACUUCUGCAUGAAGAAUGAAAAAGUGGGAUCACAUGGGACACAAGACAGGCAAUGCAACAAAACCUCCAACGGCAGCGACAGCUGCGACCUGAUGUGCUGUGGCCGAGGCUACAACCCAUACAUGGACAAAGUGGUGGAGCGGUGCCACUGCAAAUACCACUGGUGCUGCUACGUGACCUGUAAAAAAUGCGAGAGGACUGUGGAAAGAUACGUGUGCAAAUGAAACAUCUCUCACUCGCUCAAAGAGCUUAGAUGCCAAUGGCACCAAAGCACUAGUCAUAGAGGAGGAAACCUUUCCUGGACUAGACAUCGUUUAUCUUGCAAAGACCUGGACUUGGAGAUGAUAUAAAGAGAAUUCAAUUACAACAGUAAAAAUAACAUUGUUUUUUAAAAUGUAAAAAGGGGAAGGUUUUCCCACCAAUCAAAUUCUUCCUGAGAAGACAAGAGGCUUAAGCCAAAACUCAUUUUGGAUCGUACCUUCUUGCAAAAACAUGCCUUAUGGUUGCCAACGACGUCCAGCUAACAAGUGCCUUUAGUACUGUAAGAAACAAAGAGAAACUUUCCCGGGGAGGAAAAACAGCUGUGGCUGAAAAUAAUACAGGCUAACAUCUGCUCAUGCGUCCUACCACAAAGGCCCUGGAUUCUCCAGUAGCCUACAGGACAAUCCCUGACAAGGGACGCACUAUAACUUCAAAGCAAUCAUUGUAUUUGUUUCCAAAGACUAAAUUUUUAGGAUGGGAGAAUCCACUCAGCAUGAUAAAGCCAGAAACAUUCCUGGUUCUGCCCCUGAAACAAAAACACAUGCAAAUCAAUUUAACCUUUUUCUUUUGUCCAGGGCUGAGACUAAAGUUAUUGUUCUACAUAAGGACCAGAGGUCUUGUCCCUACGUUGUAGGCUGCUAGGGUGUCAAAUUCAAGUAUUCACAGAAAUGUAUUGGACCCCAGUGUCAAUGUGAUCCGGGUGUAGUGAGAGGAGCCCAUUGGACACAGGGGCUGAGUGACCAGAGAACAGCCAUGGGAUGUAACGAAAUACACAGUGAAGUCAAAGGGAAAUGGAAAUGGAAAGUCAACUCGUGUAUCCAUUUCCUCUCUCUCAACCAUUGGAUGUUACUCCCUAAUUCACGGUUACUCCGAUGCCUUGUCCCAUCCAGUCCUAACGUAAAUAUGGCACCAUCCCUCCUCCCUCAACAAAGCUAUAAACUCAGAGCCAAGAAAUUGCCAAGACACCAGCAGGGCGGGAGGUGUGUUUACAUCUUUAGAAAUUCCAGACAAGGCGAGAUGUCAGCUAUUCUAAGCAGACCUAGCCGGAGUAUGUGAAUGAAAUGUAUGGUCCUGCCAUGACAACAGCACAGAACCACUAUCUGUGGAUGUACAUAUUUUAUUUUGUAUGCAGAACAUACAGAAAUAUUUAUAAAAUAUAUCUUGUGCUUUUCUCUAUUCUACUUUAUAUAUAAAUAUAU